AUGGCAGAGCCACCAUCACCAGCAGUCGAGGAGGUCAAAGAAACGCCAGGUACAUCAUGGAGAAAGCUCGAGGAGCAUGUCAUCCCCAGAAAUCGCAUGGGUAUUGUAUUCUUUAGCUGGAUGUGUACCAUCUUCCUGGUAGCUAUAGAUCAAACUGUCGUUGCCACCGCCUUGCCUACAAUUGUAGCCGAAUUGGGAGGAGGUAAGAAUUAUAGUUGGGUGGGAAGUGCUUACAUGUUGGUGUGCUCCUCUUUGAGUCCGCUAUAUGGCAAACUAUCCGACAUUGUAGGCGAGUGCUUUUUGAGCCGCAAACCCAUGCUAUACGGAUGCAUCCUCGUAUUUUUGAUUGGUUCGGCGCUGUGUGGCGCAGCUCAGAGUAUGACAUGGUUGAUUGUCUCUCGUGCCUUACAGGGAGUUGGUGGCGGUGGCAUCUUCCAACUCGUAAAAAUCACCAUAUCUGACAUUAUUCCAUUGCAAGAGCAAGGCAAGUAUGUUGGUUUAAUUAGUGCCACUUGGGGUACAGCAAAUGUUGUCGGACCAUUGGUCGGCGGCAUUCUCACUGAUCAUAUAUCUUGGAGGUGGUGCUUCUGGAUUAAUUUACCAACUGGCGGCUUAGCCGGGGCACUUUUAUUCUUUUUCUUAAAUUUGAAUCCACAUCAAGGAAAACCAUUCCGCGACCAUAUCCGGGAAUUUGAUUUUGUUGGGCUUUUCGUGAUUGUUAUUGGUGUUGUUUGUCUCCUUAUUGGUCUCAGCUCGAGCGAAACGACGUGGAAAACCCCCAAAACUAUUGCGCUCCUUGCUGUGGGAGGCACACUGCUCAUCAUCGGUGGAAUUAAUGAGGUAUUUACGAAGCGGUCCCCUAUUAUUCCUCCUCGUCUUUUCAAGGCAAGCCUUACAUUAGUUUCUGUCUUCUUGCACGCUACAAUAUUCCUUGCAGGUGUCUACCUUCCAAUGUACUACCAAGUUCUUGGUGCAUCCGCAACAAUUUCUGGCGUCAAAAUGCUUCCUUACUCGUUAAGCUGCUGUGUCUCGUCGUUGGUUUCCGGAAUGGUUGUGACUCGCAUAGGGUCCUACCGCCCUGUCAUGUGGUUUGGAUGGACUGUCAUGACACUUGGUUGGGGCCUCAUGAUCAUGCUGGAUAAUGCGACCAAUAUUGCAGCGCAGGAAAUCUACCCCCUUAUUGCUUCCCUCGGUAUCGGUUGCUUGUUGCCGACCCCGUUUAUUGUCAUACAGGCAGCCAUGCCUAUUAAGGAUAUGGCCACCAGUACAGGGACUUUCAUGUUGUUUCGAACUCUCGGGAGUACGGUGGGCAUGGCAAUGGGAGAAGCUGUUAUUUCCAGUGUCCUCCAGCAGAAACUGCAGGACAUUGAAGGCCUAACAAUUGACACCUCUGUCACGGCUUUAAAUGGCAACAUCAAACUGAUUUCUUCCAUUUCUAACCCAACAGUGCGUAACGAGGUCAUACGUGCUUACUCGCAGUCUAUUAGCACGAUUUGGUUGGUCAGCACCCCGAUAUCUGCAUUCGGUCUCUUUCUUGUUCUCUUUAUUCGUAGUUACACGCUCAAGCGCACUAUCAUCCGCAGCGGCGAGAAGUCAGGAGACGUUGAGACGGGUGCUGAGCAAGUGGCAGAUGCAAACGACUUACCAGCCAUGGAAUUGGUGUCUUUGGAGAAGCAUAAGCCACUGGCCUGCUUCGAUGACGCCACUGGAUCAACAGACUCAUUGGACGAUAUUGGCAAGCAGAGGAUGAAAGUAUAG